AUGAACAAGUCUUCUAACGUAUCGCAAGUCCUAAAAGGAUUUCAAAGGUUCUCGAUGAAUUAUGAAAAUUGUUUGUGGCCCCAAAACGCCACAGUCGAAGACAUCAAGUCAAUGUUCAAACUGGGGAUGUUCAUUGAGAAAAGUGUAGAGACUUUUAAAUCUAGAGAGUUUUUUGGACAAUUUUUAUUGCUCUUAGAUAUUUGGGGCAGACAAAAUAAUAUAAAAAUUUACAGUGAAGAAUUUUAUGCAAUUGCCAAUGAUUAUUUAUUACAAAAAUUAUUUAAAUUUCCUAAUAUUAAAGAAACUACUUUGGAUAUAGGGGUUCGUGUGUAUACUUCCUUAUAUCCAAAGCAACGAUUUAAAGAUUGUAUUAAAAUUCUCAUUUUGAAAUCCAGCUCUACAUUAGCUAUAGCUGAUUUUGUAAAUAGUUCAAUCAAAGAUAAAACUUGUUUGCAAAAUAAUAUAAUUUUAAAUAAGUGGAGUGAAUAUCACAAAUCAGGCCUGAAAGAUGUUUUAAAAUCAGAAAUUGAAACCUAUUUAUCCUCAUAUCAUAUUGAAGACAAAUUACCAAGGCUAAUAAGUAUAUUAGCCAAUAACAAUAAUUCAGAGAAUGAUAAAAUUAAAUUGAUCAUAUUGGAUUGCCUGGUAAAUAAAAUGGGCGACAGGAGUAGCUUAUCAAAAACUUUUUGGCUUGCACUAUUCAAGAAAGUCAAUCUUCACCAUCUAACAGAAUCGUGCAAACAUUUCCCAAGAUUUCUAGAAUCUUUAUUAAAUUUUAUUGAAUAUAUUGUCGCAAUGAUGAAAAGGGACGAUACAAAUGACUUUUGUGAAUGGACUAGUGAUUCAACAAUAUCAUUUUGUCCAGAAAUAUCUUAUUUUGAAUUAGUAAUAUGUCUAAAAAGUUUAUGUCAUAGCGAUAAUGUAAAAAAUUUGGUUCUUAAGAGGCUCGAACAAGCAAAAGAAUUGAGUGUUCCUGAAGCAACACCGUUUACAGCAGUACUGAAAUUUGCCGCUGAAGAAUUUAAAGUACCACCAGCGACUUCUGCUAUUAUCACUGAUGAUGGUGUAGGAAUAAAUCCGCAACAAACUGCAGGCAAUGUUUUUUUAAAGCACGGCUCAGAACUUAGGCUCAUUCCCAGAGAUAGAGUUGGUACUAAUUACUAGGAUCAAGUUUUGGUUUUUGUAUUUUAUCAAUUCCAAUGUUUGUUUUUGUAUAUAAAAAGUAAAACACCGUUUUUCAUACAUAGA